AUGGGGAAGGCUCGCAGGAAUCAGAGGCCCAAAAAAGCCCAAGUAGAUGAACUUGUGUAUGAUGAAUCCUUGUCCAAAGCAGAUAUCCCUUCCACGAAGGAGCUCUCCUCAAAGUACUAUAAUGAUGAAAUUGAUGAUUACCACGAGGGGAAGUUUAAGAGUCUGAUGGAAAAAGGAGUCAAAUUUGACAACGCUGAUGAAGAAUACGACAGCGAGGAUGAGGUUAUGCCUCUUGAUAUUCCUGAAGAGGAGGAAGAUGAUGAAGAGGAUGACGAAGACGAGGCAGAGGAUGAAGAUGAUCGUAUUUCAAUGGGAAGUGACCUAGAAGAUCGUUCAAAUGAUGGUCUGCCGGAUGCUUUGGCCUGGGGACAGAAGAAGAAACUGUACUAUGACACAGACUACAAGGAAUACAGUAAAAAAAAUAAAAAAAGCAAAGAGGAGCUAGAGGUGGAAGCUGAAGAAGAGGAAGAGGAAGCACAAAAUAUCCAGCAACGGUUGGCAAAGACCCUCAGUGAGGAAGAUUAUGGCCUGGAUUUCAUACAGGAAUUCGGUGAAAAACCAAGCGAUGAGAAGCUGUCAGAAGAAAAGAUUGUAAAAGAUUUGCAGAAAAUGUCUGAUAAGGAAAAACGCAAAUUGCUGAAAAAGGAAUCUCCAGAGCUGCUGGAACUUAUUCAGGAUCUGAAGCUUAAGUUAGGAGAAGUGAAAGAUGAAUUGCAACCGUUGUUGCAGAUGGUGAGAAACGGGACCAUCCCCAAAGGAAAGGGUAGUGCCUACCUUAAGUCAAAAUUCCAGCUUUAUAUGAAUUAUUGCACAAAUAUCAGCUAUUACCUGUUUCUGAAAGCCAAGAGACUGCCUAUCACUGGGCACCCUGUCAUAGAAAGACUGGUUACAUACAGAAAUCUGAUAAACAAAUUGGCGGUUGUGGAUCAGACAUUAUCUGCACAAAUACAUUUGCUUCUAAGUGAAGAUUUUCCGGAAAAAUACUGGUGCAUUUAAAUUCCAAAAAGGUCAACCAAAAGCUUCCAAGAAAGCAGCUGUCAAGCGUCCUCUAGAGGAGCCGAAAGACAUUGACUCAGAUCUGGAUGAAGAAGAUGCUCUGAGUUAUUACAGGAUGAUGGAGAGGAAACUACUAGAAAAAAGGAAGCGUGGGAAAAAAGAGGCAGUUGAUGAGGUGCCAGCAGAAGAAAUGGAUCCCAAUGCAAAGAGAGCUAUUACUUACCAGAUUGCGAAAAAUAAAGGACUUACACCUAAAAGGAAGAAGAUUGACAGAAACCCCAGGGUUAAACACAGAGAGAAGUUCAGGCGUGCCAAAAUCCGCAGAAAGGGCCAGGUUCGAGAGGUUCGCAAGGAGGAGGUCAGGUACUCCGGAGAGAUAUCUGGAAUCCGUGCGGGGGUUAAGAAGAGUAUCAAGCUUAAAUAA